AACAUUAAGUCAAACCAGGCAUCUCUAACGUGACAUCCAGACAUUAUAGUAGAUCUGAAAGAAUCAUCGGAUGAGUGUAAAAAAUAAACUCCAUCUAGCCAUCUGGUGGCCGGCUGUAAAAUAAUCAGCGCAGACGCCGUCGAAACCUGGGCUAAACUCCAAUUCUUGUCCGCCCGAGAUUCGGCGACCCAGCAGCAAUCAUACUCAACUAGAGCGGGGGGGCAAACUCUGAAUAAACUUGAUUACUAGUCGCUGUAUCUAGCUAUUUUCAUCUUGAAACAUGCUAGUGUAGAUAGCUAGCUUCAACCUAUUUCACAUUUGAUUAGCAAUGCUAAAGACGGACGGGAGAGCUAGAAAGCUAACAUUAGUUGCUAGCUGGUCAGGAAAAACACAGGACGUUGCGCUGGUUGUUUUACUCGUUAAACUCGCGGAUUCUUACCUGUGCAGUGAAGAGAAACUAGCACACGCUAGCUAACAUCAGCAAGCUGCAUUGUCAACUAUUAUGGUGUUUUCAUUCGCAUUACAGCUGAGGGUUGACUGUUUAUUAUAGUUCAUGCUAUGUAACUAGCGUUUGACUUUCCUUCAACCAAAGAGGACGUUCGGGUUGUUGCUAUAUAUCGGCGUGGCCGAAAAAGUUUGCUAAUCCCCGGACUAGAUUUUACCGUAUAACGUACUUGUAGGAACAAACCUCGCGUUGGGUAACGCUUUAACGUUAACUAACAGAGCCCUAUAACUUGACAGCUCAUCGUACCCACUGCACAGUUCAGUGUUAUUGGCGAAGCACUUUUGUACAUCCAGAGAGUGGAAUAGGCGCACCAAUGUAACGUUAACGUAGCUAGGUACUGUAGCUAGCUUGUGAAUGCAGUGAUAACGUUACUUUAUUCAGAUACGUGAAUCGAGAACUUUGCUUUUAACUCUACUUACAUAUUAUUGAUAGGUAGCUAUUUUUUUUUACUGACGAUUAACUACUUCAGCUAGUAGGUUAGCUAGCUAGUUAGCUAGCUAGAACUUUAGCUUGCUAACUAGCUAGCUAGUUUACGCCUUCGACACGUAGCCAGCUAGCCGCCAGACAAGGGUACUUAUGAGAAACGUUUUGAUAAGUUAGCUAGCUAGCUAACGUUAGCUAAAGAAACAAGAUAGCCCCCCCAAAACAAACAGAGGACAGAUGAACAUCGAGUUUUGAGGUUCUGUGAAGUUGUUACCCCCCCCCCGGAAAUUUAAGAUGUCAACCCGGACAGUAACCAGGACGGCAUUAUUAACAAUUGAACAUUCUUCAAACCAGUCUCCCUCUGAGUCCAAGGCAGGCGGGCGUGCCAAUAUGCCGCGGUGCCGGAAUUCUGUCCCCACGACGGCAGACGAGCAGCCACACAUUGGCAACUACCGACUGCUAAAGACCAUUGGCAAGGGCAACUUUGCCAAGGUCAAACUGGCCCGGCAUGUCCUCACAGGGAAAGAGGUGGCCGUGAAAAUCAUUGACAAAACUCAACUUAACUCUUCCAGUCUCCAAAAGCUGUUUCGUGAAGUGAGGAUCAUGAAGUUGCUGAAUCAUCCAAAUAUCGUUAAGUUAUUUGAAGUUAUUGAGACUGAGAAGACACUGUACUUGAUCAUGGAGUAUGCCAGUGGAGGUGAGGUGUUUGAUUACCUUGUUGCUCACGGGAGAAUGAAGGAGAAAGAGGCCAGAGCCAAAUUUAGACAGAUAGUUUCAGCGGUACAGUACUGCCACCAGAAGUGCAUUGUACACAGAGACCUAAAGGCAGAGAACCUACUCCUAGAUGCUGACAUGAACAUCAAGAUCGCAGACUUUGGUUUCAGCAAUGAGUUCACCAUGGGGAACAAGCUGGACACGUUCUGUGGCUCCCCACCCUACGCCGCCCCAGAGCUGUUCCAAGGGAAGAAGUAUGACGGGCCCGAGGUGGACGUCUGGAGCCUGGGGGUCAUCCUCUACACCCUGGUCAGCGGCUCUCUGCCCUUCGACGGGCAGAACCUCAAGGAGCUGCGUGAACGGGUUCCGGGGAAGUAUAGGAUUCCCUUCUACAUGUCCACAGACUGCGAGAACCUGCUCAAGAAGUUCCUCAUUCUCAACCCAACCAAGAGGGGCAGCCUGGAGCAGCAGAUCAUGAAGGACCGCUGGAUGAAUGUAGGCCAUGAGGAGGAGGAGCUGAAGCCCUUCAUCGAGCCCCAGCCAGACUAUAAGGACCCCAAGAGGACAGAUAUCAUGUUGCAGAUGGGCUACUCUGCAGAGGAGAUCCAGGACUCGCUCGUCAACCAAAAAUACAAUGAAGUCAUGGCCACAUAUCUAUUACUGGAUUACAGGAACACAGAGAUGGACGAAUGUAUCAGUCUGUCAAUGAAAUCCCGCCCAGGAAGUGACCUCACAAACAGCAAUGCCCAAUCUCCUUCUCAUAAGGUACAGCGCAGUACCUCAUCCAAUCUGAAGCCCCGGAGAGCAACAGAUGCAGGUUCUUCUGCUUCCAAGCGUUCCCAGGGCGACAACAAGCAGACAGCAGAGGAUUAUGGGAGGAAAGGUUCUGGCACUGGCAGCUCCACUAAAGUCCCUCCCAGUCCUAUAGCAACAGCAGAUCGUAAGAGGAGCACCCCAACCCCCUCCACCAACAGCAUCCUGUCCACUGGUACGAGUCGCAGUCGGAACUCGCCGGUCCCUGAGAGGGCCACACUUGGGGUCCAGAAUGGAAAGGACAGCCUGACCACCCCAGGGUCCCGUGCCUCCACAGCCUCGGCAGCUGCCGUACUCUCCUCCUCCCACCCCCGACAUCACAAGUCCUUGUCCACCUCUGCUCACCCCAGCCCCCCAGACAUCCAUGCACACCGGCCCAGCACCGCCCCUCAGAGAGUACCGGUGGCGUCUCCUUCUGCCCACAACAUCGGCAGUUCCACGGCGACAGACCGUUCCAACUUCCCCAGAAAUGUGACCAGCCGAAGCACUUUCAGUGCCGGCCAGCAGAGGGCGGCACGGGACCAACAUACCUCCACUUAUAAUGGUCCCCCAUCAUCCCCAUCCCUCUCCUACGGGAACAGCCAAGCCCGAAGAGCAGGGGGCACUGGCAUCUUCAGAAAGUUCACUUCUAAAUUUGUGCGCAGAAAUCUCACAUUCAGAUUCCCCAGAAGCCCGUAUGAGGGAGAGGGUCGAGAUGAGGCCAGCAGACCCAUGCUGACCACCGCUGAGAAGCUGGAGAAGGUCACUCUGGGCUCUGUAGGAGAUGAGAACAAGGACUUCCUGUCCUCCACCUCUACGGUACCCAGCACCCCGACUUCAAGCCUGACCUCCAAGGACCACAAGCCCCGCUCGCUGCGCUUCACCUGGAGCAUGAAGACCACCUCCUCCAUGGAGCCCAAUGAGAUGAUGAAGGAGAUCCGGAAGGUUUUGGACUCGAACAGCUGCGAGUAUGAGCUGCGGGAGCGCUACAUGCUGCUGUGCGUGUCUGGGAAUCCCGCCUGUGACGACUUUGUCCAGUGGGAGAUGGAGGUUUGCAAGCUGCCCCGCCUCUCCCUCAAUGGGGUUCGCUUUAAGCGCAUUUCUGGCACGUCCAUCGCCUUCAAGAACAUCGCUUCCAAGGUUGCCAAUGAGCUCAAACUUUGAGCUUGUGGAUGAGUAGUGAUGAUUAUGAUAACAAGGAGUCGGCUGGUGGAAGGAGACAGACUGGAGCACGCAGGCAGAGAGGCUAAACUUUGACACAGAACUGAGUUGAGAGGGUGACAAAGGAGCAUGGAGAGACUUUUGGGAUGGGGGGGUACAAAGAGUUUAAGGGAGGUUGCGUGUAUAGACCUUUUAAGGGGAUUGUUAAUUUUCUUGAGGGGGUGUUCUUUUCGUUUGGGUUUUCUAUCCUUUCCCUCUGACUUUUCUGUUGUCUUCUAAGACCGUUUUGUUUCUACCUUAAACCUCACGAUCCUCUUUUUCCAAAAGGAAUUCAUUGAUGGAAAAUAUGAAAGGAAAUUAGUUAUAAAGCAAUGAACUGAUUGUGGGUUUAAUUAUAUAUAUUUUUGUUGCCCAAAAUAGCCCUGGACUCAGUCAGCUGUAACCCUCAGGCCCUUCUCUCUCCAUUAUCCUGCACCAAGGACAGACGGUCUAAACACCAUGUUACUGCAUCUUGCCCCUACUUUCAGCUGUCCGUUUUGAACAGAUGAAGAGACCUGCAGUUUGACACUCUGAAUGUACAACAUGAUUAGACGGAUGUAUCUUUAGGUACAACGCAUAUUCACUACAAUGUAAAUUGGAUUUCACAUCAUGUUCUGAUUCUGAUCAGCUAAUGAAGGCUGCACAAGGUUUCUGCUUCAGUGUGGUGGUUCAGAAAGCCAUUUUUACAUCACAGCACAAUGUCUUACUUGAUGGUAAAGUGGAAGUGCAGACGGGAUUUACCUCUUUGCUCUGAUUGCGAGCCUUCACCACCCUUUAUCCCAAGCCCCUUCAAUUAGUUUUUGUUUUUCUACAGCAGGAGUAAUUUAUCUGAUGAACUAAUUAAGGGCCAAUUGAUAAUUAUUGGUGGAUUGUAAUGUAAUUAAGAGUUGCUGGUUGGUUUCAAUGUGCUGCACUGGAAUGUCUGAGUUCCCUUGCCUUUCUCUGGAGAAAAUAAUUAUUAAUAUUGUUAUUAAGAAUAAACAAAGUUGGAUGAUU